AUGCAUGAUUUGGAAUCCAGCCCCGCCAUCGAUGACGACUUGUUGUUGUUGUUGUUGUUGUCUACGAGGGCAAUCACGAGAUACGAUAGUCCGAGUCCUCUACGCAGUACAUCCUUCUGGCCAACGACGCCACAGCCAAGUCGAGUCAGUCAUCAACAACGACAACCUCAGCCUCACAACCGCCCAGAAAUGCCAACCUACCUGACCCACGCCUUCCCCUUCCCCCGCCCCCUGAUCCGCAUCUUCACCGUCCUCCACGACCUGUCAGAUUGCUCUCCCGAGCACCUCAUCUCCCCCUCCUCCUCCCACUCCUUCCUGUCCUGCCUCCGCAACACCUACCCAUUCAUCCCACCGCCGGACUCCCCACCAGAUACGCCUCCGUCCGGUUUUGAUGUGCUGGCCUCACAGUCAUGCUCCCCCGUCAAAGUUCUCGAGGCGUACAACCCAGGGGACUUGUCAUCUGCUUUUACACCAUUUGCUUACAUAGCCGAUUUUGCGGUGAGGAUUGAUGACGUGGUUGAUAUUACUGCUAUCACGAGCCAAUACCUGGAAAGUGACUGGUUUCCCAAACUGAGGGAUGAGCUGAUGAAGAUUGGGGGCGGGGUGGUGGAAGCUGGUGGGGAGGGGGGAGGGGGGGUUGAGGCGGGGAGGGUAGGGUGGUAUGUGGUUGUUAAUGGGGAUGAGGAGAGGGGUUUCCCGGGGGAGGAAGAGGGGAAGGGGAGUGAUGGGGAGGAGGAGGAGGAGAGGAGGAGUUUUAAGUUGGAGGAGGAGUUACUGGGGAAGAGGCGGGAUGUUCAGGGUCAAGAUGUGCAGCAAUAG